AUGAGGAUUUCAGCGGCCCGCUCAGUAUUUUUAGUUUCUGCUCUCACUAUCCUUGGAUGCAAUGCUGCUGAUACGGCAACAGAAACACUACGAGUCCUUGUUUGUUUGGUGCAAUGGGCAGAUCACUUCGAUCGACCACUGAUACCAAAGGAAGAGAUUGAACAGCUUUGGAAUGGACCUUCUUAUUCGGAUAUUGUGCCUGGUGAAUCUAUUACGGACUAUAUUGAAUCGAACACAUAUGGGAAAUACAAAAUAGAAGCAAACGUUGUUGACUGGUAUCUGAUGGAGGAAACGGAAGCUGAAGCUUCGUUUGGGAACAUGGGGAAUUCUGUCAGUGAGAGUGGACCACACAUCGAAGAAAUCCUCUCUCCGGUAGUGGUGCAGUCUAUCUUUAAUGAUGGUGUCUCUUUGCGGGACUAUGAUAGGAAUGCUGAUGGAAAGCUUCUCGGAAUUGUAUUUGUUCAUUCUGGGUAUGCAGCAGAAAAUGGAGGUACCGAUUGCGAGACGGGAGCGGAUUACCUGGAUCGAAUACAAUCCAAAAGCUGGGGUGCUCAAGAACGCAUUGGCAACUCUGCCUACAUUAUCAAUACCAUGGUGACUUUACCAGCCUAUCGGGGCACUUGUGGACUACAGAUUGAUAGAGUUGGAGUCCAUAUCCAUGAAUGGCUUCAUGCUGAAUUUGGACUAGAGGACUUGUACGACACUGGAGGGAGAUAUCAAGGAAGUAGGGGUGCAACAGGUGGAAUUGGUGGUUAUGGUAUCAUGUCCUAUGCUGGCGGACAAGGGUAUCGCACAGAGUAUCCUGGAAUUCUCACUCCCUUUUCCAAAAUGCAAAUCGGUGCCUUAGACCCAAUCGAAAUCAAAUAUGACGGAACUUACACUGCUCGUGCUUCGGCAUCGUUCCCCGACGUGUUUAUAAUCUCUUCUCCGUACCAGGAUGGAGAGUACCUGCUGAUUGAGAAUCGGCAAGCGGUUCUUUCGGAUGAGCUUCUAUGGGAACCAGGCGGCAUUGUAAUUUAUCACGUCGAUGAAAAUAUGCAAGGAUACGGUAACCGUUACCGAGGAGGCCCAUUCCUGGAAGGGUGGCCAGGAAAUGGUGAUCAUUAUAAGGUCGCCGUCCUUCAAGCAGAUACCAAGUACGAAUUGGAAAUGGCGUUGAAUUUAGGUCACAAUGCUGACUUUUGGAAGGGUGGAGACUCACUGGGCCCUGGAAAUGGAGAGCUGGUGGCCACGGACGAAGGGACAUACCCAAAUACCGACUCCUAUGUUGGUGGCAAUAUCCGUGUGACGGGACUUAUCCUUGACAAUUUCGAAGAAACGGAACCAGACGUCUGGAGCUUUCGAGUACAAAAUUUGGCAGAUCCACCUAUUACCGAUACACCGACGAGGGUACCUUCACAAACAACAAAUGCCCCGACAGGCCCUCAGCCUUCCACAGUGCCGUCUCUAUCUCCGACAAGAAUAUCCAAUGCUCCCGACAUGUCCGUUAGCGAUUCGCCGACGAGGGUGUCUGCUCAAGCAACAAAUGCUCCGACAAGCUCUUGGCCUUCCACCGAACCGUCUCUAUCGCUGACAAGAAUAUCAAAUGCUCCCAGCAUAUUGCCAAAAACGACACCGAACAAUACGGGAACACCCAGUGAAUCACCCUCAGCCUCUUCAUCCUUCAAGAGUAUUUUAUCAUUCAUGCCAAGUGAAUCGCCUUCCACCAUGCCAACGAUUGCUUCAUUUUCAGAUUUGAAUCCUACCGUGGAGAUUCCCAAUGAUGACUCAUCGUCUCAGUCAAUUUCCAAGGGUGUCGUUUACAUAACCACAUGUGUAUGCUCAUUUGGCUACUGGCUGUACUAG